AGAUCGAUGCGACGACCCUAAAAAAGUGAUGCCCAAAGCCAAUGGCACAAAGAUCGAACGUCCUCUUCAAGGUGCCUUUCGCGCCGCAAGUCUCAGUGCGGCAGCCCGUCGGCAAAAUGAGGCGUUUGCCACCAACUUCAGCAUGGCUGGUGCCUCGUGUGAGGGGCGACCAGGCGCUUCCCAUCUGCCGAAGCUACGGGAGAUGACGCCGCCCGAGGUCAUAAAGGUGGAGCAGAUCUCUGAACGGCUGGCCGAAGUGAAACGUAGUUAUCAUGCGUUUGGUGAGGAACCUGAGGAGGAACCACAGAAAGCACCUAUGAAGUCCAGGAGACGUAGUGACAUGGCCAGCUGUGAGAUGGACGAGCGGACACAACGGCUGGCACUCAGACAGUUCGAAGAGAUUGACGCGGGCCGACUAGACCCUCAAAGUGUGUUUUCCAGGAUUUCAGGUGCCGACAAGCGGGUGAAGGUGAAACUGCACUAUUUCAGAGAUCGUUCAGACCUUGUACUACCUGUGAUUGAAGACCGUUACAUCAUGCAUGACCCGAAGAGGGAUUGCUUUUUGGUGGACCUUUCCCUUUUGCAGAGUGAGUGCAGCUCCCUAUCUGCUCGCACACCCAGAAAGCACGUGAGCUCAACUGGCAGGUUGGAUGAAGAUGACAUGUCUUUUGUGCCUGAGGCAGAUCAUGUUGGAGCAUCUCACGCCCAAGCAGUGGAGCUUUCUGUAGAACCCAGUUCACACCAAGCUGUCUCGAGGUUUGAUUCUCAAAGAACCCGCCCUUCUGAACGUAGUGUUCAGACUGCAGAGCAGAGGGCACUACGUUUGAUAAGAGCUGCCAGGAUCAGAGAUGAACGCAUCUCCAUAUGCCAGCAUAAUGUCAGAAAUGCCGAGCUGGAGUGGCGGUUAAAUCACUUGCAGAUGUCUCAACAGAGAGACCGCCGAAAGCAGUUGGCUUCAGCACAGCGCAUUUUGUUUUCUUGGGUGGUGGUGGCUUCUGCAACCCAGUUUAUGCAGACUGAGUUGCUCAAGAGCCGGUGGCUCAAAGCUGCAAGAUCUCACAACUUUGGCGAUCACUACGCCACUCGGUCCAGGGCACACUGGCAGCGAGCCAAGAACCUGGUUCAUAAGAGUGUGCUGGAGAGCAGCAAGAACAUGCGCGAUUUCCGAAAAGUUUUACAUCUUCGGGCGACCAGAAGCAAAGCUGCCUGGCAGCGAUGGGAUCAUUUGAUGCGGAUCAUUAAGUUCAUAACUCGGUUGAGGGUGCGGUUCAAAUUCAACCGAUAUGCUGAUGCCAUCAAGCAGUUCAUUGAGAGCUCCUGGCGUGGGAUGCGAUUUCGCUCCAAAGUGGGUGUGUACUUGGCCAAUGUUCGAGUUCUGCAACGUGCUGUCCGCGCUGCACAUCGAUUCCGACAAAACGUGAAACUUUACAUUUUUGCUCCCACGCUCUGGGAAUUGGAGACACAAUUGCUCGGACAAAAACUGAAAGCGCACCUUCCGAAAGACUACACGAAGCAGAAGGUCCAGCAGCAUCGCCAAGCCUGGGAUUGGGAAGGUCGUGUUCGAGCACUUCAAGAAAUGUCCAAGGAGAGGAAAAUCAAAGGAGUCAAAGGUCCAAUGGAUGAGACUCGCAGACAAAACAUGCUGGCGAAGGCCAAGGCCCGCAGCGGCGAACGCCGCCGCCGAGGUGGGGUUCGCAUUGGGAUGUACAACGAGCGCCACGUGAUCUUCUCGGAGCUUGGGGAAGCCAUCUCUGGAACUGCUGCUGAUAGAAAGCAACAGCAGGCAUGGAAGGUGGCAAACAAUGUCCUUGACCAUUACCGCCUGGAUGCAGAGACAAGGAAGAGUGUGGUUAAGAACUCCUUUCAUCAUGCCUUAGAACGUUGGAAGAUUGCUCAUGUCGCCUUCAAGAAGGAGCAGAAGCGCUUGAACGUGCUUUGGCAACAGUGGCGACUGGAGAUUCAAGCACUUGGAAAGAUGCAAAAAGAGCACUGGCCCAAACCGCCGCCUUAUGUGGAGCCACCAACAGAGCUUUUCAAGGUUGAUACAAAGAAACUUGGCUGAAAAGACUUGAAGACUUGAAAAGCAAAUGCAAUCCACGAGUCAUGGUAGCCAAUAAACACAGCACAGCCAUCGGAAGCCGCCAAAUCUGGCGGUUUUGAGAGCCCAUGAACUUGGUUAUUUUGAGCAAGUCCCUCGACUCGAAGAUGUACACUGAUCUUCGGUUGUGACAGCCCUUUCAUCACAAGUUGUAGUGGCGUUGUGCUUGAACUCAACUACCUUGUGAGGUGGAACGCUGAUUUGAGUGAUUUGACAUGUUACAAUGUUGUAUUCCAAGUUGCACGGAAGAUAGUCUGAUUGUUUUCUUGGCCUCUUUUUGCAUGAAGAAUGGCGACUCGCGGUACUUGUAGAAGCUAUGUCGAUCAGCUCCCUUGCCACAACUCUCUACACGCUGAUGUGCAUGCUCCCCUUUGUGUAGAGGCGAACCUAUUCUCGCCACUGCAGAUUCGACGGAAGAUGACAUCACUGAUAAUCUCUGGCCUUGCGCAGACAGCUUUGGGUCGCAGCCUUUUUGCCCGGGACUUCCGUGAUAUGAGAAACCUAUCCUUGUGAAGCAAAUUCAACCAGGAAAGAUAAGGCAAACUUGCCAUGGAAAUGUGGCCAAAGAAGUGUUUGAACACAGCAUCAAUUGGUGCUCACGAUUGGUGCUCAGGGCGUCAUGUUUUGAGGCCCGUUAACGGUCGUAUUUUUUGUCAUGAGAUUUGCAGAAAAAGUGCAGAUCGCACGACAAUCCCUGAGCAGCUGCUGUUUCCAAGUUUCAGCACUUCUCAGAUGUGUAUGGACAUAUUGUCCUGAGCAAACGUACGUUAUUGGCAUUGGCUGUACAGGUCGCCUUUUUGCAUGGCAUGCAAUGCUCCAUGCUUUACAACCAGGGGUGCGCACAA